UCAUCUCUAACCACCGAAGUAGAAAACGAAAAACAGACUCCCACACUCUCAAUUAAACUCACCCAAUCCUCACAGACGCGGAGAAAGAGAGAGAGAGAGAGAGAGGUGCUGCAAUGGCGGUGGCGAACAACUUGACGGCAAUACUGAACUUCAUAGCGUUGCUGUGUUCGAUACCGAUAACGGCGUCGGGUAUAUGGCUCGCCUCCAAGCCCGACAACGAGUGCGUCCACCUCCUCCGGUGGCCUAUCGUUACCCUCGGCGUCCUCAUACUCGUCGUUUCCGCCGCCGGAUUCAUCGGCGCCUACUGGUACAAGGAAACCCUAUUGGCAGUGUACCUGUGUUGUAUGGCGAUACUGAUAGGGCUGCUACUGGUGGUUCUGAUAUUCGCGUUUGUGGUGACCCGACCCGACGGGUCGUACCCGGUGCCCGGGAGAGCCUACAAAGAGUACAGGCUGGAAGAGUUCUCGAAUUGGCUCAGAGACAACGUUGUGGACUCUAAGAACUGGAUCAAGAUUAGGGCUUGUUUGGCUGAUACAGAUGUUUGUCCCAAACUCAGCCAAGAAUACAUCACUGCUGAUCAGUUCUUCUCUUCCCCCGACAUCACCCCUCUCCAGUCGGGUUGCUGUAAGCCGCCGACGGCGUGCGGAUACAGCUUCGUGAACCCGACGGUGUGGCAGAAUCCGACGAACAUGGCGGCGGACGGAGACUGUUACAUAUGGAACAACGACCAGAGCCAGCUGUGUUACAACUGCAACUCGUGCAAGGGCGGCCUCCUGGGGAAUCUCAGGAGGGAAUGGAGGAAGGCUAACGUCAUCCUCAUCGUCACCGUCGUCGUCCUCAUCUGGGUUUACCUCAUCGCCUGCAGCGCCUUCCGUAACGCCCAGACAGAAGACCUUUUCCGCCGCUACAAACAGGGCUGGGUCUAACUCUGUUCCAACGGCUCUUGUCUCCUCUCUUGUAGAUAUACUUUGGUCUCAAUUUUCUCUUCUUGUUCUUGUUUUAGAUGCGCCGCUUGUAUCUGAGUUUGGUUGGCGACCGGUUCGCGAACUCAACACAAAUAUUAUGAUACACAGAAUUUUAAAAUA